UAGGAGAAAGCUAGUCGCAUUUAAUGCAUUCAGUCACUUCGUUUUUCGCUCUGUACAAGCAGCUUCUCAGAAUUAGGUGUCAUCUCUGGCUGCUGGAGAAACACACGCUAUCAGGAGUCAACAGACAUCUGCUGCUGCAACACACACACGCAUACACACACACACACACACGCAUGCACGCUACUGCAGAGAUGAGCACAAAUGUGCGUUUGCUUAGUUGUCAGACGUAACCCGGCUCUGGAAUAGAAGAGCUCUGAAGCAGGUGGAGGCGAGAUGUCAGUAAAGCUGAAGUUUGAUUGUCCGGCUGACGGCGGCAUGGUGCAGCGGAGCCGCUCCUUCACUGGAGUAAACACACUCGGUGGCCGGAGAAGACUUUCCUCGGCUCGUAGCUCUCUCCGCACAAAAGUCGUAGCAGGGAAAUCUCCCAGAAUCCCCUCCUCGAGUCGGGUGGGCAGCAGCGUCUGGGGGCAACAGCCUGAGCAGGUGGACAAAAUCUUCCAGGCUUUGAGGAAAGGGCUCAAGGACUACUUGGAAAACCAUCAAACAGAGCUGGACUUCCUGUCAUCCCAGCAGAGAGACACAAAGAGGAACUCCAGACUGGCUUUUUUCUAUGACCUGGAAAAGGUGUUGAUCCGGCUGGGCCGACAGAGGUGGAGAAUCAGAGGGCGAAUCCAGACUGAUGACAGACAGCUGUGGGAUGAAGAAGAGAUGGUCUUCCUCCCUCACAUCCAUGGGAACUUUAAGAUUAAGGUAACAGAGGUCAAGGGGUUGAGCUCUAUCCUGGUCGGCAUGGUAACGUGCAGGAGUGCAGAUUUUUUCACAACACGGCCGCAGAUGAUGGUUGUGGACAUUACAGAGCUGGGAACCAUCAAGCUACAGCUAGAGGUGGUUUGGAAUCCAUUUGAUAGCUGUGAGGUGAGGCCUCUCACAGCGUCCGCCAGCCGACAGUCCAUCCACAGCAGAAAGGGAUCCGUAUAUAGCUGGACGCCUCCCAACACACCCAGUUUCACUGAGAAAUACUUUCUAUCUAUGAUGCGUCAGAUGCAGGAUGCGGAUGCCUCUUUCUCCAUUGGCUCACGUGAAUCGAGGGGCGUGUCUUUACUCAGCUACCUGGCUGACUCCACCCAGGCACCCAGUCCUCCUGCCUAUGAGAAGACAAGCGACCCACCAACCAAACACCACCCUGUUCUAGACGCUAAAUUACAGGAUGACGAGCUACUGAAGACGCCCACAGAAGACGCUGAGGAGAGUGUGGAAUGGCCAUCAGAGACUGACACAGCUUCGCCCAGUCCUGCGGGCAGCAAGCGAGACUCCAUAUUCCUCUUCCACCGCUACAGCACGCCUGACAUCCUCAAGCAAAAUGGAGAGGUGACCCCCAGCACAGAGACGACGGCCCCGGAUGAGGCCCCUGAAGAGGAGACCUUGUUCAAGCAGGGAAUUGAAGACAGACUCCUGGUGAAGGACAGCAAAGCGGGCAGAGCACAGAAGAGAGCUGUGGCUAAGAGAGUCAGUUCACUGCUAGACGAUCUGAAUACAGAGCUGGAGGAAAUGAGCAACGCAGAGACAUUAAAGAAGCUAGAUCUGCAGAUACGCCAGCUGAACGAGGUCUUGAAGAAGGACCUCGACCCUCCACAGAUGCCCUCAUCUCAGACACUAGCAGUAGAGGAAGAGGAAGUGCUGGGCAGUUUCGACUUCCUCUCUGCAGAUUGUAAUGAAGAUGAAAUAUCAAAUAUGGGCAGCAUCAGACUUGGGUACACUGGCACGGGUGAAGAAGAGGUCAGACAGAGAGGAGGCGCUGCAGUAAAUCCGUCACUCAGCACAGGGGUCUACAGUCUGGAUCAAGCUCUUGAAACCCACCUCAGUGUCUGCACAGUGCUGCUGGGGGCUCUGAAGUGUUCUGACUCCGAUCUUGUGCACAAAGACGUGAUGGAGGAGCUCUCGCGACAAGUUGACGUACUGGAAAAAAUUGCCACUCUGUCGCAGAGGAUGAUAGAGGAGAUCUCAGUGUCAGAAUUGUUGGCCAGAGCUCCUAAGGGGAUUGAAGUAUUUUGGAAGGAGUGCUGCGAGAGUGACUCGCCUUUCUGCUGCUCCACGGAUGGGUUUCUCAGGACACUGCGCAAACAGUACAUCCACAAAGUCAAAGCCAAACAGCCAGGCCAGGCUGAUGCAGUUUUCAGUCAGUUGCUGCAUCAGGUGCAGUGCAGCUGUAUGAUGGCGUCUGUGACUCAGCGCACUACAGACCGAGUGACUGUGUUUCAGCUGUUAGUCUACCUCAACAGAUGGAGUAUCACUGACUUUGGGGAGCACAUCUCUCUCCUCUCUAAAGAAGUGUAUCUGAUAGCCAGUCUGGAGAGUCCCAAGAGGAGGCGAGCUCUGAAAAAGCUGAAAGGCAAGCGCAUCUCUGAGCUGCAGCCGACGGGACGCACCCUCCAGCUCCUGGCCAAGCUCCAGACAGACGCCAAUCACAAGGUGGCUUCAGCGGCCACGUCCUGCCUCAGCAGGGCCUCCCGGUCCAAAUCCUUCAGGGCAAAGGCAGUGGUUCACUACACAGAUCUGCUGAGAAACAGCAUCACACAUGUGCGGCAUGAGGCCUGUCUGGCUCUGAAAUGUCUAAAGGGCUCAGAGAGCGCAGAGCAGGUGGCUGAACUGUGGCGCUCCACAGAUGAAGAUCUGAGGAACGCCGCACGGGAGACCGUACUUUCCUUCGGAAAGAAAGGUCACGUGGCAUUCCAGCGUAUGGACCAGAUCUAUGAGCUACAGGACGAGGCUUACAAGAACCUGGAAACAGAAAUCACAAUCUUAUAGGAAGACCACAAACCCAAUCUGUUACCUGAUUGGAUGGUGCUGAGAGACUGUGAGGUUUUGAUUGAACACGUUUUAUCUGUGUGUACGCAUAUU